CUCGCAACUCGCAGCGUACGGGAACAAAGGAGAGCGUACGGGAACCCAGCGAGAAGCAGCGUGGCAAGGCGGGCGAGCGAGCGAGCGGGACGGCGGACCGAAGGGAGAGCGCGAGGGUCUCCAGCCCUAUCGAUCACCGGGCGACUUUCGGCUGACACCCGGGCCGUGGUGCAGGGAAGCCCCAGCCGCCUCCGCCCGAGGGGAUCUCCGGCUUUUUCGGGUCGAGUCCUCGCGCCAGAUCGAAAGCGCCUCCCUCCCUUCCUGCCUGCCUUCCUUCCUGCUGCGCCAAUGCCCGGGAUAGGGGCCGUGGGAGCUCGGUGCAGGCACCGCCCGAGGAGGCGCCCCAACCAGGCCAAGGGGAGCGGCCACCAGGCGGACGGCAGCGGGGAGACCGCCAUGGACGCGGCCAUCUGGAUCUACCAGUUUCGCCUGAUCGUGCUGGGCGAUUCCACGGUGGGCAAGUCCUGCCUCUUGCAUCGCUUCACCGAAGGCCGUUUCCCGGGCCCGAUGCACUGCGAUCCCACCGUCGGGGUGGAUUUCUUCUCCCGCCUUGUGGAGAUCGAGCCGGGCAAGAGGAUCAAGCUGCAGCUGUGGGACACGGCGGGCCAGGAGAGGUUCAGGUCAAUCACCCGUUCCUAUUACCGGAAUUCAGUAGGCGGCUUGCUGGUGUUUGAUAUCACAAACAGGUCUUCUUUUGAACACGUCUAUGAUUGGUUGGAUGAAGCAAAAAUGCAUGUUCAGCCGUUCCAGAUUAUCUUUAUCUUGGUGGGACACAAAUGCGACUUGGAAUCAGAGCGCCAGGUUACAAGACAGGAAGCUGAAGAAUUAGCAUCUGCCUGCGGCAUGAAAUACAUAGAAACAUCUGCCAAGGAAGCCAUAAACGUUGAAGAGUCAUUCACUAUUCUCACUAAGGACAUAUACGAACUUGUGAAAAAAGGAGAGAUUUCAAUACAGGAUGGAUGGGAAGGGGUGAAGAGUGGUUUCGUUCCAAAUGUUGUACAUUCCUCAGAGGAAGCUACCACACUGGGAGAGCAAUGCCCUUGCUAAAAAAAAAAAAUUGCAUGCCAUACAACUUAACGAAGGGUUGGAGAAUAAGGCAACCGUUUGCAAAAGAUCAUUUUAAAAGAUGCAUUAGAGCAGAAAUAAGUGAUCCGUGGCUUCUGAGAUGCUUAGCGCUCCUAAAAUACUUACGUGUGGCUUGCAGGAUUCUAUAAGGAUCAUAAGAAUCAACAGCGUUUGCUUAAAAAGCAAAGCAAGCUUCUAAUAGUUAAUUAUGGGAGUCAGCCAAGUCGGUGGAGGCAAAAGUGCAAUUUUUUUAAAAAAAGGAAAAAUUCUUUUCCUGUUUUCAUCUUUUGCAACUUUUUGAAAGACGUGUAUAACUAUUUUCUACAAGGCCGACUUAGGUUUAUUUAUCAUUUGUUGCUAACAAGGGUUUUUUUUUUUUCAUAUGUUGUAACUAUGAAUAUUGUCAAGAAAAGUGAAGCAUGGUCAUCACGUGUCCUUCACAAUCACCAUGUGCAUGAAAUAGGAUGUAUUAAUCAUA